UGCAAACUAGUUUUUUCUUCUUCUUCAUGUUCGGCGCCACUAGGCGGCGAAGAGUCAAGAAAAUCCGACCACUUUCUUUACAGUGCGCAAUGCGCACUUCCAAUGCGAGUCGUCGUCGUGAUCGUCGUCGCAUUCCAGUGGAACUCCAAACGGUUCGGCACAUGGUUUUUGUCCGUUACCAUCGACCAACUAACACUCAGUUGUCUUCGGGACUUCAACAGGUGCGGACGUCGCUGCUCCUCGAAAGCACUCUAUUACAAUUCUUUUUCGAAUCUUCUGUGCGUGCAGCUUAAAACCGAAAGAAAGCGCCGCGGCGCUCGCUGACAUGAAGUUAAUUGAUGUGAUUAUAUACCUAAUUGCCAUUUUGAUCUUCAUCUAUUUGCUGCUGGAGUAGCAGAUAAAGAAGCAGAAGCCAAAAGUCACUCGACAUUUGCUCAGAGCUUUCUACAGGCAAAAACAGCAGCCCCCAGAUUCCAAUAAAAACAAAACGAAAAUAGUUAUAAAUUCAAAACAAGAUGAGGCCUUUCCUGUUGCUCGCCCUGAUUUUGGCGCUGGCCAACUGUGAGCAACGUCCGCUCGUCUUCACCAACUGGCCGCCCAAGAGCUCUAAGCAGCUAAGCCGUCCCGUCGCCGCUGGAGCCGCCGGUCCGCAAGGAAAACAGCGCACAUUGGUCGUCCAAAUACGAAGCGAUCAGCCGGUGCCUUUGGUACUAAAGGGUCGACCUGGCCAUGGCCCACACGCCCACACACAUGCCGCUCAUCUGGCACAUCCCCACUCAGUACAUCCGCAUGUCCUGUCACACGCUCAUUCACAUGCCCACCUCCACUCGCAUCCGUUGAUCCAUGUGCCGCAGCAUCAGUACCAACAUCAACAUCUCCGCGGACCUCCACGUCCUAUUAAACUGAGUGCUCCUUCUCCAGUCUAUCUGAAACCUGCGACAGCCCUAAGGAAGCCUCUGAAGCUAAAGCUCAACAAUGUUAAGCCCAAGGCGAAACCCACAUUUGGAUAUGAUAAACCUUUCAAAUACGAGAAGCCAACGGCUGUUAGCUACAGCGAGCUCCAGAAUCUGCCGCUGGACACGCACAACAAUUUCAACACGGAGCACUUUGCACCCAUUUACACGGUUCCCGCACCGAACCUCGGCGAAAACCAUCUGGAUGUGGAGGAGGGACACCUAGACUCCUCCUAUCUGUACAAGCCCCCAUCCCAGACCCCUUCCUCAUCCGCUCGUCCCCAGACAUACUUGCCACCGAAUUACAGUGUGCAUGAUGACGAGACCAAUGACCAAACCAUUCGCGAUCCCAUUUCGGGUUCGCAGAAACUCUUUGCACCAGAUCCGGAUCCCUCGCUGCCCACCACCAAGAUACGUCCAGCCACCGAAUCGUUUAAUACUCCGAGCAACAACAAACCGCUGCCCGCUGAUGUCCAGAGCAAUCAUCUUCCCGCCCAGCCUUUGGUACAGAUUGUGGGAGCUCAGGCAGCAGCUCAAACGGCGCCGGAGAUCUACCCCAUCCAGUAUGCCCAGCCAGCGGUUCAGUCGCAGUCCUUCAUCGCCGCUAUUCCGGCUGCCCAUAUCCCUAUCUACAAUCCCACUUACCUGGUGACGCAGUCCAAUCAACUGUACUCGGCGCACAAGCAGCAACUAUUCAAGCCCAGCACGGAGCCGAUCGUCGAGUCCGGCUAUGUAAAUGCCGAUCUCACCCAGGAAGUGGCCAGCAACGGGCAGAUUCUGCAGGCAGCCAAGGAUCCGCAUCACAACAUCCACCCAGUGUUGGAUUCCGCACCACAAUAUGCGGCUCUGAUUGCCGCUCCUGCUUUGGGUGAAACAGGUUCGAGUGCCUACGAGACAGCAUCCUUCCACCUGCCCAAUGUAGCUUCGGCAGUAACAGCCUCCGUUCCGGAAGGCGGCUUUGUGGUGUCCAACUUCUAUGGUCAUGCCCACGAUUCGUCGCAAUUGUUGCAAGCCUAUGCAGAGGAGGAGGCGCGCCGCCAGCAACUUGAAACUGAACAAGCUGCCAUCGAGUUGCAAAAGCAGCAGCAGUUGCAUCUCGAAGAAUUAAAAGCCCAGGCCCAGGAGCAACAGCAACAACAUCAAUUGCAUUUGGAAGAGCUGCGGGCUCAGGCUCAGUACCAACAGCAGCAACAGCAGCAGUUCGAGGAGUUGCAAGCCCAGGCACAGGAGCAACACUUGCAGCAGCAACACCAGCAGCAACAGUUGCAGCUGUUGCAACUGCAGCAGCAACAACAGCAGUUGCAACAGCCAGUUCAACAUCAUCCGCAGCAGCAGCUUCAACACCAGCAACAACAGGUGCAGCACCAGCAGCAACAGGUUGCUCAGGAUCCAGCAGCAAUUGCCUUCGAAGAGCACCAGCGCUUGGUGCAGCAGCAGUUGGGCUCCAACACGCCACUUCGCAUCUUUGUGCCCGAUGAGGAGGCGUCCGAAUCGCGGCUGCAAAAACGCUCUGAUGAUCUGAAAAAAGGCACCGUGGAGGAUGUGCCUAGCGCGGGUCUGGUCGAGAGCGACAGCGAGGAGUCAGCCAAAGAUUUGUUCGAGGUUUCCACCUCCGUCGAAGUGGCCGGCGAGCAUCUCACGGCCAGCAGUAAUUAGUUAAGGCUCAUUUAGUCUUCGAAGCUGUUCAACAAAAUAUUUAUUUACACACUCAUUUGUAAAAACGCAUUCAUGUAGCGAGCAGUCGGUAGUUUAAUAAAAAUAACCAUUAAUUUAUUCAAAAA